GGCGGCGGCGCUUGGCAGCCGGGCUGUGGACGUGGGAGCGGGAGGCCGGGGAGGCGGCGGGCAUGGGCGGCGGCGGCCGGGGGGUGCAGUGAGGGGCCGCCGAGAUGUGGCUGAAGCCCGAGGAGGUGCUGCUGAAAAACGCCCUCAAGCUGUGGGUGCUGGAGCGCUCCAACCAGUACUUCGUGCUGCAGAGGCGGCGGGGCUACGGCGAGGAGGGCGGCGGCGGGCUGGCAGGUCUUCUUGUGGGAACGCUAGAUGCAGUGCUGGAUUCGACAUCCAAAGUGGCUCCUUUUCGCAUCCUGCAUCAGACACCAGACUCGCAAGUCUACUGGUCCAUCGCAUGUGGAGCCAGCAGAGAAGAGAUAACAGAACACUGGGACUGGUUAGAAAACAAUGUUAUGAACACUUUAUCAGUAUUUGAUUCAAAUGAAGAUAUUACGAGCUUUGUCCAGGGAAAGAUAAGAGGUUUGAUUGCUGAAGAGGGAAAAGGUUCUUUUGUAAAAGAAGAAGAUCCUGAGAAGUUUCGUGAGGGUCUUAUGAAGUUUGAAAGGUGUUUUGGAUUACCAGAGCAGGAGAAGUUGGUUACCUAUUACUCGUGCAGCUACUGGAAGGGCAGAGUGCCUUGUCAAGGAUGGCUGUAUCUCAGUACCAACUUCCUUAGCUUUUACUCAUUUUUGCUGGGAGCAGAAAUAAAACUUAUUAUCUCCUGGGAUGAAAUAUCAAAGCUUGAGAAGACUUCCAAUGUUAUCCUGACAGAGAGCAUUCAUGUCUGCUCCCGUGGGGAAGAUCACUAUUUUUCCAUGUUUUUGCACAUUAAUGAAACAUUCCUUCUCAUGGAGCAGCUGGCAAACUAUGCUGUUAGGAGGCUUUUUGACAAAGAGACAUUUGAAAAUGACCUAGUCCUUCAUGACCCCCUGCAGAUCACCAAGAGAGGCCUAGAGAGCCGAGCCCACAGUGAGCAGUUUAGUGCAUUCUUCAGGCUACCCAAAGAAGAAACUUUGAAGGAAGUUCAUGAGUGCUUCUUACGGGUUCCUUUCACUCAUUACAACACCCACGGGAAAAUGUGCAUUUCAGAAAACUACAUCUGCUUUGCUAGCCAGGAUGGCAGCCUGUGCAGUGUAAUCAUUCCAUUAAGAGAGGUCAUAGGGGUGGAUAAGGCUGAUCCAGCCAACAGAGGAGUCAGCAUUAGUACCAAAGGAAAAAGAGCUUUUCGUUUCACUGAGGUUAAAGAUUUCGAACAGCUUGUCACAAAGCUCCAAAUCAAAUGCAAUGCAACUUCAAAUCCACAGCAUAUCAUAAGUACAGAGGUUGCAACUAGUUCUGCCUCUGAUAGUCCAAAGGAUUUUGAUGAGUUACCAGCAAAGACGGGUCAGAGAGAUACCAGCAAAACCGUCAGUACAGAAGCCCUAAUGACUGUCUACCAUCCUCAGGAUGCUGAGAAUCUAGACUCUAAAAUGUUGAAAGAAAAAAUGAAAGAACAGUCCUGGAACAUCCUCUUUGUUGAGCGGGGACACGGUGUCAGUAUGUUUCGAACAAAGAAGACUCGAGACUUGGUGGUAAGAGGGAUCCCGGAGGCCUUACGAGGAGAGCUCUGGCUGCUGUUCUCAGGUGCUGUAAAUGAUAUGGCAUCCAACCCUGGUUAUUACACCGAGUUAGUGGAAAAAUCCUUAGGAACAUGCACAUUAGCUACUGAUGAAAUCGAACGAGAUUUACGUCGUUCCUUGCCUGAGCAUCCUGCUUUUCAAAGUGACACAGGAAUUUCUGCACUCAGGAGAGUUCUGACGGCUUAUGCCUACAGGAAUCCCCAAAUUGGAUAUUGUCAGGCAAUGAACAUUUUGACAUCAGUACUUCUGCUGUAUGCUAAAGAGGAAGAAGCAUUCUGGCUGUUGGUUGCUGUGUGUGAAAGGAUGCUACCCGAUUAUUUCAAUCGUCGAAUCAUUGGUGCCUUGGUAGAUCAGGCAGUGUUUGAGGAGCUCAUCAGGGUUCAUCUGCCUCAGUUGACAGACCACAUGACGGACAUGACUUUUUUCUCCUCGGUCUCUCUCUCCUGGUUCCUUACCCUUUUUAUCAGUGUGCUGCCUAUUGAAAGUGCAGUCAAUGUGGUGGACUGUUUCUUCUAUGAUGGAAUAAAGGCAAUCUUGCAGCUGGGUCUCGCAGUGCUGGAAUACAACAUGGAGAAGUUGCUGACUUGUAAGGAUGAUGCAGAGGCCGUGACUGUGCUCAACAGGUUUUUUGACAGUGUCACCAACAAAGACAGUCCUUUGCCUCCAGCUGUGCAGCAGGGCGCCAACCUCAGCGAUACGAAGAGUGACCACCCAAAAGUGGACAUCACUGAUUUGAUCCGAGAGUCAAACGAAAGAUACGGCGAUAUUCGAUAUGAGGACGUUGAGAGUAUGCGCUGCAGAAACAGGCUUUAUGUGAUCCAGACAUUAGAAGCUACAACUAAGCAGAAUGUGCUACGUGUUGUGUCCCAGGAUGUAAAAUUCAGUCCUAGUGAUCUUGACGAGCUUUAUGACUUAUUCAAGAAAGAGCACUUUCUUUCCUGUUACUGGAACGUGAAUAGUCCUGUUUUGCGACACCACGAUGCCAGCCUACCUUAUCUCGAGCAGUAUCGAAUUGAUUGCCAGCAGUUCAGGGUUCUCUGUCAUCUCUUAAGUCCCUGGUCACACUGUGCAAACAGAGACUCGCUUGCAUUGUGGACGUUCAGACUGAUGGAUGAGAGCUCUGAUGGCCUUAUAAACUUCAAGCAAUUUGCCUGUGUUCUUGAUACCAUGUACAACGGAAGUUUCACAGACAAACUCAAGUUUCUUUUUAAGUUGCACAUUCCUCCAGCUUUUACUGAAGUAGAAUCUCUAAGCCCUUCCAAAGGUGGUGAUCUUUCAAAAGAAGAACUGAUCCACUUCAGUCAACUCAGUGUUUCAUCUACUGGGGAUAAUCUUGAAAGUAAUGCUUUGAAGAGCAGCCCGGAAAAAGGGAAGGGGAAAGUUGAUAUUCAGGCAUAUCUGAAGCAAUGGCAAGAUGAACUUCUUAAAAAAGAAGAAAACAUCAAGGAUCUGCCAAGAAUGAAUCAGUCUCAGUUCAUCCAGUUCUCAAAAACCCUUUACAAUCUAUUCCACGGGGAUCCUGAGGAGGAGCUGUUGUACCGGGCUAUAGCAGUGGUUACCAGCCUCCUGCUGAAAAUGGAAGAAGUUGGGAGAAGACUGCAAGGUCCCAUGUCACCAGUCAAAAGUCCAGCUGCCGUUACAGAGGUUUCUGCUGAAAGCCUCCAAAAAGGGCCGGAGGAAGGCAGCUCGGAGCAGACUGAAGGCGGUAGGGCACAGAGUUUGAAAGGGAACCAUGAAUGGUCUUUUGCCUUUGAACAGAUUCUGGCGUCCUUAUUAAAUGAGCCAGCCUUUGUGAGAUUUUUUGAGAAACCUCACGAGAUAAAAGCUAAAAUAGAGAGUGCUAAAAAUUUGCAACUUAAAGCAAGAACCAGAGUGUAAUUUGCUUUAUCUUUGACUCUGAACUAACCACAUAAAGCACUUGCAAAUGAAGGUUGUUUCUAUGGAAAUUGAGUACGAUGUUUACAUAGGGAAGGGGGUUUGAAGAUUGAGCUUUAAAUAUCAGAUUACUGGUAUUCUUUGAUGUAAAUAAAAAUAGUUUGAAGCACAAUCACUUUCUUGCAUUGUUCAUAAGUUUCAGCCCGAGCAGGGGCUGAAGGAUAAACUGUCUUUACCAUGUUAUUAAAAUAUGCAACAUUGCUAGAAAACACUAGGCGUGACCUAUGACAAACCUUUCUGAAUGACAGCUGUUACAGUGCGUGCUCUGCAGGUUCAUUUCUAUUACUGGGAUAAACGUAAUGACUUCCAGACAUUUUCCACUUAAAAUGAGUUAUCAACAGCUAAGAGGUUGACUUCCAGGUUAGUUGCGUAAUUUCCAAGUCUGCAUGUGGACUGGGAUCAAAAGCAGGGUGAAGACUGAGAACAUAGGUUUGAACUGGUAGCUGUGGUGGGCACAAGAGCCUGAGGUUAGGAAAUAAAAGUUGUCCUGCUUACUGUUCCCCUGCUUUGGUGUCACCGAUGGUCCUGACUAUUGCAGAUUCCAGUCCCUCAUUGUCAGUUUUCAGACAGCAUUCUUGCAGCCCAUGUAUCAGCUUUUGCAGUGUGGCCUGUAAAACUAAUUUCCUAUUUUUCUAGCUCAGCCUGUAUUUGUGAUUUCUUUCCCAUUCUCAUAUCAAUCCUCCUUCAGGACAGAUGCAAGGACAUAAGGUGCUUGGUCAUCCAGGAUGCACACGGAUGCAGAGGCUAGUAGUAUAGGUUGUUGAAAUCAAGGGAGAACAGUGGCUAAAUCUGUCUGACCACAUGGUGGUUGUCAUUUAUCUUCCAAGAGGAGCCAUUGUUGACAUCUUAGGAGCAUGUUGAUGAAACGUAUGGUUUUAUUUGUGUUUGGAGUGCCCAAGGACAGACCAUCCUUAGCUGCUUCUUAAGCUGCUUCUUAGCUGAAUGUGACCGUGGAACUGCUACAGACAGAUUGCAGUUGCUCCUAUUUCUACCCUGAGUCCGCACCUCAAACUAGUGAUUAUUAUUUCAUUUUUAUAGCUCUUUGGAUUAUUGCUGUUGUAAUUAUUUUCUGUCUGCCAGGACUGAUGGCAACAGCAAACCCUCUAGAAUCCAAAUUGGAAUUCUUAAUAAAUAAAUAAAGGUAGAGUAAACAUCCUGGGCAGGUAAGCUCUGCCAGUGUUCAUGCUCAUGGGUGUUGACCUUGAACCUUAGGUAGCUUGUGCUAGAAUGGGUUUAGAGAAGGAGGGGAAGAGCUUGUAUUUUAACAACAACAACAAAGUAAGUUGGGAAUCUGUUAAACUGGUUAAAAAUGACUGCUUUUAAAGCUGUAUGACAAACAUUUUCUUCAGGGCACCAUUAUUUUAUAUUGUGUGUAUUUUUUGCAAAGAAGCAGAACAGGGAUGAAAACAUUCACUGUUGGUUGUUUUUCUUGCAAUACUAAAAUGAAUGAGGAAUAACAUGAAAUUCUGACUUGUGUUACAAGCAUUUGCUGAAAUGCCAUAAUUGCAAUCGGGUUUAAUGUUUCCAUGCCGCUUUUGAAGAAUACAGUCUUGAUCAGGAGCAAUGAAUGUAUAUUAUUUCCUCUCCUCUUCUCUGCACUCUCAGGUAUUAAUAUAAAGAUUUACUGAAUGAACAGUAACUCCAAAAAAUCUAAGAUACUUGCGAAAAACGAGGAAGCUUGUUUUAGAAGCCUUCAUAAAGUAGUCAUAGGUGAUACAAUAUAAAUCUAAUUUGUAUAUUUAUGCAUAAAACAUACAAACUAAUUUAUUCAUAUGCAUGUUUCUGAGGCAAAGUAGGGCAACACUGUGUUUGUAAAUGUGUUUGCUCACUGUUUUCCUAAUGUUGUUUUAGAAAUACAAGCAGAUGAUACUGAUGUUCUAGUCCAGGACGUACUUAGAUAAGCUUUGCUCUGUGAGUAAUUCUUAUGCAAGCAGCUGUGCUGAAGUUAACAUAGCCCCAUGAAAAGAGAGACAGCUACCCAGACAAAAAGCUUUUGUAGGUCCAUGAUGGAUAUUGCUAAUUUCAAGAGGUAGUCAAAGCUAUAGUUUGCUAAGCAACAUAGCAUAGUGACAUGAAAUUCUUAAAACUCAAAGACAUUUUCAGUUGGAGAGCCAAUUUAUUUGUUAAAAAAGAAAAAAAAGAAAAAAAAAAAGAAAAACAUGCAAGUUAAAAUCAAAGUACAAAAGACUGUGCUGAAGAAACCUGCAAAAUAAGAAUGGCCUCGUGUUAUUACACGGUUUGGUUAUGCAAAACUGAGCACCCUUUUGAAAUACCAGUUUCUAUUGGUGUCAGUCCAAGAAACCAUAGAGCCAUUACCAGUGAUGUAGUAAUCCUUGUCAGCUAUAUCAUAUCUAUGUAUAAAAAGAGAGAUUACCAGCAUACAAUUUUUAAAAAAUAUAUUUAAAAUAUAUUUGGUGUUGCAAAGAUGAAUGCUGUUUCACGUUGUGUUGCAUUAGGACUCAGUGGGUGAACACAUUUCUGUUGCAAGAGGUCAGCUGCGGCACGUAGCUGGGAGUUAAGCAGAAGCGCUAGCAGGGAGCCUGCUGGUUGCAGGGUGGCUGGCCCUGCACUACUCAGCUACUUCCCAAUGGGGGGACUUUCCAUUCAAAUUGCAACUUGGAAGUUUUUAGAAGUGUUUUUAAGCAGCUUACUCAUCAAUAGGAAGCAGUGUGGUUAAAUGAGUACAGAUACAUCACUUCACGUCUCAGUUUUAUUUUUUUUUCCUGUAACAGUUUUCAUUAAGUGAUUUAUUUUUUUUUUUGGUUCUGUCAUAGGAAAUAAAUGAAUGUACAACAUUCAGUACAAAUUAGAUGAUUGUAGCUCGGAUAUAGAUUGCUAACACUAGUGAUGCUGUUUAUACAGUUCUUAAAUUGCACUACCUUCUGCAGUGUCACCAGCAGGACCUGGCAGCUCUGCCAUGGUUACUUGUCCUGAAACAUUCUCAGUGGCUGUUGGCGUGCACUGCACAGCCCUUUUUUGUGGCUGGGCCAUUAUUAUUGUUGAUAAUGCACAUAAAAUGCCUUUUGUCAGACGCAAUCACCUGCCCAUGGGGAUGGCCAGCAGAGCUGUAGCAUUCCCUCAGCCUUUCAAUGCGGCGCGUGCUGCUCCAUGACUGCUCAACCCCUUUGUGUAUAACAGGUGCGGCGCUGUCUCUGCACAGUCACCCCAAAGGGCUUGAACACACGAGGUGAGGGAAUAGCUCCACUGAUGGUAAUAAAAGUGCGAGCCCUUUCCACCAUGAAAGGGGAGAGCCCUUUAUAACUCAAACGGGCAUUUCAUGAGACUUGGUCACUGCUAUGUGAUUCAGAAUGAGCACUCUCUGUUUCAGUCCAUUCCUAAGACAAGCCACUUGUUCCUCACUCUGAUGGCUAUAUAGUAAUAUAUUUUUUAGAAGAGUUUGCUAAUAUAACAACUAAGAAAUAGCUGUGUGUUGAUUCUAUUAGAGAUUUCUCAUCCAAUUGUACUAUACAGGGUUCUUGAUUGUGAUUGCAGUUAUUACCUGAACUAAAAAAUGAAAUACUCUAAUUUGUCUCUGGAAACAUAAGGCUAUUUUGUCUUUUUGCUAUAGCUUUGUCACUUUACCAAGAAGGCAACACGUUGGUGUUGGCAGGUUGGCUUUUUAUACAUUGUAUUGUAUGCAGAAUACUGUAAGACAAAUGGGGUGUUAAAUAAAAAAUGUUUCACUUAAGAACAAAAAAA